AUGGAAGAGUUUAUGGCGGUGGAUCUGGAUCAGAUGACAUACGAACAGGCAGCAGCAGAUGCUGCCCCUCCAUACUGGGAAACCACAAUUCUCGCACCGGGAAUGGGCGGACCAGAUGAAGUCUACGUCGAUGGACUCCCCGUUGGCUCCGUCUUCUCCUUUAUCUGGAACGGCAUGAUUUCGAUGUCCUUCCAACUCGUUGGUUUCCUCCUCACCUACCUACUUCAUACCACACAUGCAGCUAAGAAUGGAUCUCGUGCUGGCCUUGGUAUCACUCUUGUUCAAUAUGGUUUCUACAUGAAAGGCUCAGGGGGCAUGAGUCCCCCAUCUAAUGGCCAAGACCCUACUUACCAGCAACCUCCAGACCCCAACAGUCACGAUUUCGACCCUAACGCAGUCAAUGGAAAUUCAGCGCAGGGGAUGGACUCAGGCUCUGGAGGUUGGGGCGAUAUUGGGACAAACGAUUGGCUGGCUUAUAUCCUCAUGAUUGUGGGAUGGUUCAUCUUGAUUCGGGCAGUCAGCGAUUUCCUCAGGGCGAGAAGACACGAGCAACUGGUUUUGCAGAGUCCAGAGCGGGGUCUGAAUGUGCCUGUAAUUGCUACCGGAGAGGAACCUGCCACCGUGGUCUGA